GUGUGUUUCCGCAGGUGUCCAGUGAGAUGAGCAGGUAUUAUGUGGCGGUUGACGUGGGCACUGCCAGUGUGCGAGCGGCUCUGGUCACUCCGGACGGUCAGGUCAAACACACAGCAGAGGAGCCCGUUGUCAUCUGGGAGCCGCAUGCGGAGCAUUAUGAGCAGUCGUCAGCUGAUAUCUGGAGCAAGUGCUGCCGGACAGUGAAGAGAGUGACUCAGGACAUUGACGUGACGUGUGUCCGAGGGCUCGGGUUUGAUGCUACCUGCUCACUGGUGGCUCUGGAUCGGCACUUUCAGCCCGUGGCUGUCAAUCACACAGGCGUCCGGGAGAGGAACGUGGUUAUGUGGAUGGACCACCGGGCCGCAGAACAAGCCGCUCGGAUCACAGACACCAAACACAGAGUGCUUCAGGGGGUCGGCGGGGUGAUGUCGCCCGAAAUGCAGCCGCCCAAACUACUGUGGCUCAAAGAGAAUCUGCAGGAAACCUGUUGGAAAGAAGCGGCACAUUUCUUUGACCUUCCAGACUUUCUGUCCUGGAAAGCUACAGGGUCCUUAUGCAGGUCUCUCUGUACUCUGGUCUGUAAGUGGACGUAUUCUCCGUCCGAAGGCUGGGACGACACCUUCUGGAGCGCCAUCGGCCUGGAGGACCUGAUGGAGAACAGCUACUGUAAAAUCGGUGAGCAGACGUGUUGUCCUGGGACUCCUGUAGGACAAGGACUGAGCGCAGAGGCGGCUGCAGAUCUGGGCCUGAGACCGGGAACGGCUGUGGCUGCUUCACUCAUAGACGCACACGCAGGAGGGUUAGGGGUCAUCGGGGCCGAUGUGAGGGGACACCAGCUGCCCUGUGAAGAGCAACCGGUCACGUCCCGUAUGGCUGUCAUAUGUGGGACGUCUUCAUGUCACAUGGCUGUGAGCACACAGCCGCUGUUCGUCCCCGGGGUCUGGGGCCCGUAUCUGUCCGCCAUGCUGCCGGGACUGUGGCUUAAUGAGGGAGGUCAGAGCGCCACGGGACGACUGGUGGACCAUGUGGUGAAUGGACACGCUGCUUCCAGGCAGCUGAAAGAGCAGGCGGCGAAGAGUGGGAAACACUUUCACUCCUGCCUGAACCUCCAUCUGGAGCACAUGUCUGGAGACGCAGCACAGCUGGAGCAGCUGACGGCCGGCCUGCACAUCUGGCCUGAUUUCCACGGCAACCGCUCUCCUCUGGCCGACCACACGUCUCGGGGAUCGGUUGUGGGACUCACUUUAUCACAGUCGCUGGAUGAUUUAGCUCUGCUGUAUCUAGCAACUCUUCAGGCCAUCGCUCUCGGCACCAGACACAUCCUAGAUGCCAUGAGAGAGGCAGGAUAUGACAUCACAACCCUCUUCCUGUGCGGGGGGCUGAGCAAGAACGCGCUGUUCGUACAGACACACGCCAACACCACGGGGCUGCCGGUGGUCCUGUCGGCCGAGCCAGAGGCCGUUCUGCUGGGAGCCGCUGUGAUCGGAGCCUGUGCUUCAUCUGACUGUGGCUCCAUACAGGAAGCAAUGAUGAAGAUGAGCAGAAUAGGGCAUGUCGUCAGACCAAACCCUGCUCUAGAAAGCUUUUACAGAAGGAAGUACGCCGUGUUUCUGCGUCUUUAUGAUCAUCAGAAGGAGUGUGUGGCACUGAUGGAGGAUGAUGGAGUUUCAGACACAGACGGCCAGAUUAAACACUAGAAGAGUCCGCUUCAAAUGACCAAAAACACUAGAUGUUCAUUCAGCUGUCCUUUAACUGAACAUUAUAAGUGUUCAGCCUUUUACACACAUGAGCAGGAGUGAGGAAAAUAUCUCCCGAUAAAACCACUUUAUAAACAAGUGUCGACCAUAACUGGAAUCAGUGUUGAAAUAUGCAUUUCAGAGCAAUAAAAGGCUUUAAAAAAAAUAA